AUGCGAAUCGCCGUCGCCGGAGGAGGCGGCCUCGGGUACCUUCUCGCGACGCAACUGUCGCAGGCGGCAAACGCCUACAACGUCGUUGUUUUAUCAAGAACUGCGCAGGCGAGACCCGAAUUCGGCCAGCUAGAGGUCCAGCUCCAGGUCGUCGACUACGGCGACCUCGCGAGCCUGACCUUCACCCUCCAAGGCGUGGACCUCGUGAUAUCGACGAUCUCGGGCAGGGAGCAGCUGGCCCUCAUCCAGGCCGCCGCCCGCAGCCGGGUCCGAAACUUUGUGCCGUCCGAGUUCGAGGGAGCUCUGAGCCGGCGACCGGCCCAGCAGCACGAUCCGCUCGACCGCGGGUCGGGGCAGGCCAUGGCGCUGCUCAAGCAGCUCGCCGCCCAGUGCCGCAUCAAGUACACCGUCUUCUCCUGCGGCGUCUUCAUGGAGCGCUUCCACCCGUACGGGCUCGGCUACCUCAACAUCGGCCACGGCUCGGGAAUCGCGAAGCCGGGGGAGUACCUGGUCGACAUCGGCAACGCGACGGCCGAGUACGCCGACAAGGACAGCAAAGGCCGCACCGUGCGCAUCUGCCUGUCGUCCGUCUACGACGUCGUGCGCUUCCUCGUCGCCGCCAUCGACCUGGGUCCCGAGCGAUGGCCGAGCGAGUUCACCAUGCGCGGCGAUCGGAUGUCGGUUCGCGAGCUCGUCGACACGUGCAGCUACGUCCGCAACGUGGUGUUUCACCGUCAUACUCGAUCCACUUCCGAACUCCAGGCAUACCUGAACUACCACGUCGAGGCCGGAGACGUCGACCGGGUGGCGUACUAUCAGCGACUCUUGGCUACGGCCAACGGGCGAUACGACUUCAGCCGGGCGACGCUGAACGAGGCCAUCGAACGAAGCGACCUGGUGGAAGUGCAGCCUCUGCGACUGAGCCAGUGGCUCAUAAACAUGUGGCAGUCGAUGUGA